AUGAAGCGCUUGUAAUAUUCAGUAUGAUUGAAAAUAAUCCUUAUCUAAGUUUGAAAAACGCAAAAGUGUUACGUGGUUUUCAUGCCAACAACAAAUUGCAGAAGUUCCUUUAUGUUUAUGCAGCAAUAUUUAUCAUAUUUGCUAUGUUGAUGGUUGAAUUGCAAACAUGUAAUGAUAAAUCACGGCAGUAUUCAUGCGGAUAUGCUUUUCCAAGUUACUUUUUUAUUAAUAACAUUGAACAUUAUCAGCGCAUUCUUUACAAUUUAUAUUCAGUUAGUUUCAUUGCCGGCCUUUCAUUUGGUUUGAUGAAUACUGUGUUUAUGAUAUACUGUUUGCUGAUAUACUUGGAUACCUUUUACGAUGUAUUUAAAACGAAUCUGCAUCAAGUUCAGUCUACACCAAUAAGUGAAAUACGUUAUCGCAAGAUAAUAUUGGCACACAAUCAGCAUUUAUACUUGAUUAAAAUAUGGAUAACUUUCACAAAAGUUAACGGAUUGCCUACAAUUUUAUUGUUUGUGUUUGGCGGAUUGAUAACUGCGUUGCUUUUUAUCACAGAAUUAAUUCAAUUUGACAUUGUCUCACUUUGUCACAUAUUCUUGUAUAUUAUAGCAUUAUUCUCAAUGGGAUGGAUGGGUGAAAGACUAUUAGCAUAUGCUGGCCGGAUACGAUACGAUACUUUUUACGCAUGUCCUUGGGAUGGUGACGUGAAUACUGUAAAGAUGCUCAUGUUCAUGAACUUGAAUUGUAGUCACAGGUUAUGCCUGCCACUUGGUGAUUAUGGAAAAUGUUCAAACGCUCUCGUGUUUUCUGUGUUUAAGUUUGCUUACUCUAUUGUUAUGGGAUAUAUUAAUUCCAUUAAAUGAGACAAAAUAUUCAGUACUAGUUAAACGGAUAUUUACUAGAAAUAAUUAAUGCAAAAUUUAUUCGUUAAUUCAAUCAAUUUAAUGUUAGUGAUACGAAUUGCAACUUCAAGCUAUAUCAACAAAUAAGCUCAUAAAAUGAGCAAUGAAAGUAUUUAAGAACAGAAUAAUUUAUGGCACGUUCAAAACAAUAACUUUUUUCAUUUAAAUUGAUUCAUGGAA